CGCCCCGCCCACAAGCCGCCAGGGAUUGGGCGGCCCGCUCGAGCCAAUAGGAGAGCGCUGCCUUUCUCACCGGCUGCGCGCUGCUGCGGUUGCUUGCUGCGUUCUAAGCACCCCUACGGCAUUGCUCGCGCCUCCGCGCACGCGCGCGCCGUCUCCUCCACCCGCUGCGCCCUAACGGCCGCCCCCCUUUCUUUCCCCUCCCGCCACGGGCCGGGAGCGACAUAGAAAGCGAUGUCGGCGGCCCGCGAGGUGGUGACGCUCCAGUUGGGGCACUACGCGGGGAGCGUCGGCGCCCACUGGUGGGGACUUCAGGAAGCUUCGUUCUGCUUUGAUCCUGUGGCUGCAAAAUCAGAUGAAGGGAUUCGCCAUGAUGUGCUGUUCCGAGUGGGGAGAACUCUCCAGGGGCAAGAGACAUACACACCCCGCCUCAUCCUCAUGGACCUCAAAGGGAGCCUGAGCUCUUUGAAGCAGGAGGGAUGCUUAUACACAGACACAAAAACAAACACGCCUUUGGCCUGGAAGGGGAAUCUGACAAUGCACCAAGAAGAUCCAUCCCCUGUGAACCCUUUCCUGAUGAACUUAGAUAAGCCGGAGGGUAUCAGACCUUUCAAUGGUGAUUUUGCUCCUAGGACCCUUCCUGGUGACAGACCUCUGCGCCCUGAAAGGCAGGAUGAGGCUCCAAAGAUGCCUCGCUUGGAGAGCAAGAUGCACGUUUGGUCAGAUUUCCUCCGAACGCACCUUCACCCUCGUAGCAUAUUAACCAUCCACCAGUACAAUCAUGAAGGGGAUUCCAGUCGGCUGGAGGCUUUUGGACAAGGGGAAAAGCUCCUGCAAGAUAGCACAUACCUUGAGGAGCUUGAAGACAGGCUACACUUCUACGUAGAAGAGUGUGACUACCUGCAGGGAUUCCAGGUUCUUUGUGACCUGCACAACGGGUUUUCAGGGAUUGGGGCAAAGGUCACCGAGGUGCUUCAGGAUGAGUAUGCGGGGAAGGGAGUCCUGACAUGGGGGUUGACUCCAGUGCUCCCUACGGCUGUAAGUAAGAUUCCACAGAGGAAUUUUUACAGGCUCCUGAAUACAGUCCUGGGGGUGGUCCACCUUUCCAGCCACAGUGCACUCUUCUGCCCCUUGUCGCUGAACGGGAGCCUGGGACUCCGGCCGGAGCCCCCCGUUGCCCUCCCAUACGUCAACUAUGAUGCAACUCUGGACUAUCACACGAGUGCCAUCCUCGCCACAGCGCUGGACACCAUCACCGCUCCUUACCGGCUCCAGACCUCGGCUAUCUCCAUGUCGCAUCUUGCUGAGACCCUAAAUUUCUCUGGGAGGAAGGUAGCAGCUGCAGUAGCAGCCGUUCCGUUUCCUGUGGCCCACGAGCAAUCCCUUCCUGACGCUCUGUGCAGCCAGCAGCCUCCCAUGCCCUGGAGCCCGCUGUCUUCCUGCGGUGCGCAAGGGGGCAGCCACUGUUUUGCUCAGUCUGUGGUGCUGAGAGGAAUCCGCAAGGAACAGCAAGUCAGCAAUUCCCCUGCAGGCACCGAACCAAAGUCUGUCCUCCACAUGUGUGAGACUGGACAAGAGGUGCUGGCUCGGUACUUGUACACCGUCUCCCCCAGAACCUUCAGCAGCACUGCCCACUUACUGCGAGGUCCGUGCAAGGUGUUGGCCCCGUAUCCCCAGUACUUCUCUCCUUUCCUGAGCAAGCAUGGAUUCCUCUUGGAGAAACCUUCAAGUGCUGCCGCAGCUGUUGAAAACAUUCCUGUCUUCGGAGCCCUGCAGUCCUUGGCAAACCUGCGUAGAACCCUUGGCAGUUUUUAUGCAGAGCUACGCCAGGUGGAUGUCCGGAGGUGGGCAAGCUUUUUUUCUGCAGGAGUUGAAAUGGAUGACUUUGAAGAAGCUCUAGAGGAACUGAGGACACUGUCCCACUGCUACAAAGAGACCGGCGGCUCAGCAGCAGAAUCCGAGGAUGAAACAGACUGAGUUAAUUCUUUGUGAAGUGCCUUUUGCACAGGACUUCGCUCCCAUUUAAAAAAUAAUAAACUCAAUAAUAUAGCCUCCUAAAGCAUCCAGCAUGUCCUGUGCUGGCUACUACUGUUAAGCUAAAGAUGAAGUGUGUAUUUUUUAAGAGUGUACCUGAUCUUCAGCCAUGGAGCAGCCCUGACAAAUCCUGUGCACGCAGGCAAGGUGGCACCACUCAUCUUCUACAAUAGGAAUGACUUUUUAUUCCUUAAAAUACAACUGCACAAUGAAUAGCCACUCAAAAGCAGCACAAAGAGAGAAUUUACACAUUUUCCCUAAUAUUAAAAUAUUUACAUCAGCUGUUAUCCAAGAACGAGUGCAAAUCGGCAUUGCAUCCACCACACAGCAGACCCUGCCCGUUUUUUGAGGGGGGAGAAGAGUCUGAAGGCAGCAGCUUUACUGUGAUGUGUAAAUUCCAAUGCAAACACAUUUCCCAACCACCUCCCUCUUCAACCACUGCUUGUGGCAGAGGUGGUGGUAUUGGCUCAUGCUUUUAAAAGCCUUGCUCCUCCUGCUCUUCCUCAGAGAGCACUGGAUCUUUGUCAGAAAGCUGGUCGGUGUUGCUGGUGCUCAUUCCAUCUUCCUCGUCCUCUGAGCUGACAUCACAGGCUGUGUGAAAUAAGGUCAUCAACUCCCUAAACCGAUGGGCUACCUGAGGACAGAACACAGGUUGUUACAGUGGAGGGAGGGGAGGCCAAGGCACGCACAGAGCCUCAGGGCUCAUCUGUGGGCACUCCUCUCCUGCCACAACAGUGUCCCAAAAUAGGACCACAUGAAAAUGAUUGUUCUGCCUGCUGUAGCAAUUGCAGUCGGCAUUGUACUGGGCGCUGCCUGGUUUUUAACUGCAUUUUCAUUGCUUUAUUUCUUAUAUUGCAAUUGAAUUCCAUAGAAUAUAGUAUGAAAUACAUCAAUAAAUGAUAAUACAAUCUAAGGAAAAAAGUACAGUGGAACCUCAGUCAAAAUGUUUUAACAGGCUGCACCCGUUGCCCUUCACAGACGGAAUGAACCAUCUGCAUAACGUUUGUGGCCACAGUUUGGGUUUGCCUCUUCUGCCCUAAAUCAAUCUGGAGUGCAAGCAGAGAAAUCUAUCCCUGCUCUCGGCCCACCAAACCUGCAGUCUAAGGUGUUAACAACGUACCACCAAGCAGAGGCAUCUCUGACUAUUAACUGCACCAGCAAGGCUGGGAAAAGGGCAACAAGCAGAGACGCAGCUCCAUUUAACUCUCUUGGUUUAAAGUCUCGUUACCUGUAAAUUGCAUUUCAUUCUAUCCCUCAAAGCAGAUUUUUAAGGAACUGAUGCCAUCCAUCUUUGCAUGUGAAGGGAGGCAGUUUGUACAGCUGAUCGCAAUGGAUUCUCUUUUGUAAAGUCAACCACAUAAUCUUAGGCCUUAGGUACAUUUUCAGAGGGGGGCAUCCUUUGUAAAGGGCUUCCUGAGGUCACGGCAGAACUCAAUCCUGCCAAGAGACCCCCCCCCCAAAAAAAAGACUCACCUCCUCUGCUGUUUUAUUGUGCAGCUGCUGAGAGAUAGCACUGAAUGUGUCUGGAUGAGCCCCUCGCUCCUGGCAGGUGGUCAGAAUAACCCGGUCAGCCUCUCUGCAGGGGAAAACACCUGAUUGUGGAAGGGGGCCAGGAUGGUCUGGCCAGACUUCAUAAAUCCCACAAGUUGCUCAUGUUCAACCAAGUCCCCACCAUUAGCCUUUAACAUGAGCAAAUG